UCUUGGAAGUUCCAGCAACACCAAGGAGAGGGAGAGAGAGACCAAGAAUGCUCGUAGUAGAAAGGAAAAAGAUGGCAAUUAAAUCUUUCGUUGGUGCGCUCCUGCUGCUUCUGCUGUCUUUUUCUUCCACCAUCAAAGCUCAGGUCUUUCAAAUCGAGAAUUAUAAUGUAACGGGCGGUGGCAUACCAGACAUAACCCAGUCAUUGCUAGAUGCAUGGAAAAAGGCGUGUGCAUCCACUACUCGUCCUAAAGUGCUCAUCCCGGGAGGAACGUUUACACUAUCGGAGGUGGUCCUAGAAGGCCCCUGCAAGGCCCAUGUGGAAUUCGAGGUCCACGCCAGGCUUCUGGCCCCGCCAGAACUAACCCGCUUCAAGACCGACGGUUGGGUCGUGUUCCACAAUAUCGACGGCCUCACCAUGUUGGGCGGGACCUUUGAUGGCCAGGGCAAGAUGGCCUGGGCGCAGAACGACUGCAUCAAGAACAAGAAUUGCCGUAUGCUCCCCAUGAAUUUGAGGUUCAACGUCGUCAGCAAUGCCAUAAUCCACGAUGUAACCUCGGUCGACAGCAAGUAUUUCCACGUAACCGUCUUGGGCUGCAAGAACGUGACGUUCCAACAUUUCCACGUGAAUGCGCCGGGCAACAGCGUCAACACGGACGGGAUCCACAUCGGACGGUCGCUCGGGGUCAACAUCCUCGACACCGACAUCAAGACCGGGGACGACUGCGUCUCCCUUGGUGACGGGAGCCGGCAGGUCACUGUCAAGGGGUUGACCUGCGGUCCGGGCCAUGGCAUCAGCGUUGGCAGCCUCGGGAAGUAUGACAACGAAGAGCCCGUGUCAGGCGUCUUUGUCACGAACUGCACCAUCAAUGGUGCCACCAACGGCGUGAGGAUCAAGACAUGGCCCGCGUCGAAGAUCGGCAUAGCCACCGAUAUGCAUUUUGAGGACAUCCAGAUGAACAAUGUCUUCAACCCUGUGCUCAUAGACCAGGGAUACUGCCCAUGGAACCAGUGCCAAGCACAGAUUCCUUCCCUUGUUAAGAUCAGCAAUGUCAGCUUCAAGAGAAUCAGGGGAACCUCGGCGACCAAGGUCGCAGUGAAGAUCGCCUGCAGCAAGCGCAUUCCAUGCGAGGGCGUCGAGAUCGCGGACAUUAACCUGGUGUAUAAAGGCCCUGAUGGCCCCGCCACGUCGGAGUGUUCCAACGUCAGGCCUUUGAUCUCCGGCAUGCAAAACCCUCGGGCUUGUGCCAAGAUUGUGAGCUAA